AUGCCUCUCUUCCCUCUCUCAAACUGCAUAAAAUGCAAAGGAAUGAAAUCCUCACCUUGGGAGCUUUUCGUGGUUGUCCACCUCUACUUCCCAAUUUUCAUCCCUCUUUCUUUCUUUCCUUUCUUUCUGCUUUCCAGAAAAUGAUCCAAAUGGUAUCAUUCUCUCUUGGAGUCGACCCACCAUCUAUCUCUAUCUCCUAAUUAUUUUUGUUUUCCUCCCAUUCUAUUGCAUCCAUGCCUGAUUCUUUUCAAGAAAAUUUGUUGGUUCCUGUCAUGUUUGCACUUCCUGCUCUUUGAGAAGACUUUUAUCCGUUUUGAUAGGCAGAGAAGUGUCUACUACGAUGAAGGGGUCUUUCAAAGCUGGAUUCAAAUACAUCUCUAACAUUUUUGUGAAGGAUCGUGAGAUUGAGAUUGAAAUUGGAGGACCAACAGAUGUUAAGCAUGUUGCACACAUUGGGUGGGAUGGUCAAGCUGGUAAUGCACCUACUUGGAUGAAUGAAUUCAAGGCAGGGCCUGAAUUUAUGUCUCCAAAAACGGGUAAUUCCGCCCAUGGGCUUUCUCAAUGGUCUUCUCAAGAUAUUGAAGAUUCAAUGACUCUGCAAUCAGGAUCUGAUAUUUGCAAUGAGAUAACACAAUCUAGAGAGGUUCCUUGUGGUGUGAAGAAACAGAAAAGAAAAAAACUCAAAUCAAGCACUUCGUCUACAUCAAGGUCAACCCGCUCAAUGAAAACAAAGAUGAAAUUACCAGAAGAUGACCCGAAGCCAAUGAAAAUAGAAGUGGCCACAUACUAAUUUUUAGAGUUGAGGCUAACUUUUACGCAAAUCACUUGAAAGUCUUUGAAGAGAGCAAGAGCAUGAAGGUUUAGAACAAGGGGAUUUUAAUUUGUAAACUCUAGAGGUCUGAUAAAACAGGUGGAGAAGCAAAAAUCAUUAACAGAUGAAAAAGUCAUCUUAUUUUUCUUUUAGUUUUUUGUUUGUUUUGUUCUAUGGUUCUUCGUUAGUUUAAUAUUCAGUAUCGUUAUAUGAUCAAGUAUUCUGCACUAUUCUGUAGAGUGAUGUUGCACUAUUAGUCUUAAAGUACGUGGUACCAUGUAAACAACUUUGGAGUAAUUGUAAAUAGGCCUACCAAUGACUGGAUUUGCGCUGAAAUACAGCAUUCUAGACUCAGACGGCAUACCUUUUUUUUUAUUCAAUAUGUAACUUAAUUUAUAAAU